AUGCUCCUAUGUUUACGCACCUCGGCUGUUUUGAGGGCAGCUACCCUGGUGUACAGUUCACUUCGUUUCUUGGAAACUCUGCGGUGUAAUAAGCUGAGGCCCGACAUUUGUUCCAUCGACUCGAUGUUUGUCGACUCUCUCAAUUUCAAGCGUCUUGUUAGUAUUCUACCAUCUUUCAUAGCUACCUACGGAGUCCGCAUGCUUAAGGUUUUUCCUCUGGAUAUGAGUCACUACGGUCAUAUGUUCCGUUCGUCCCGAAUUCCGGAUAUGGGCAUCGACAGGCUGGAAACAUAUCCCGAAGCUCGUCACAUUGUUGUCCUUAGUCAAGGCGAGUUCUACAUCUUCGAUGCAUUUGAUGAUCAGAACGAAAUGUUGUCGGCGGAGCAGCUGGUUUCCAAUUUGGCGUUUAUACGGAAUAGGCCGCGAGGCGGCACGGAGAAACUCAGCGUGGGUCUCCUCACGGCUACGAAUAGAGACGAUGCGACAUUAGCUCGACAGCGCCUUAGACAGGUUGAUGGCGACACAGAUGGUCUCAACGCGCGAAAUCUUGCACUGAUCGACGCAGCAAUUAUGGUGCUUGUUUUAUGUGAUGACUUCUCAGAGUACCUCCCGCAAGUGAUAUCUACAGCGUUGGCAGGUCCGGGUGGUUCGCGAUGGUUCGACAAGCCCUUCAGCCUUUUGGUGGAUCGCAGUGGUGCUGCAGCGCUCAGCUUUGAUUACGGCUGGACUGACGCCUCCACUGCUCUUCGCUUCGCUGAGAGCAUUUUCAGGGACUCUGAAAUCUGUCCCUCCGUCGACCCUUGGCUCCUCGAGUCUUCCCACCGACUGCCCAGAGCGAUGGUACGUCGCUUGGAAUGGAAUUUGGACAAAGCCUUCUGUGACGAAGUGUUGCUACCGCAACGCGAUGCCUACGACGCUCUCCGCGACUCGCUGCAAGUGGACUGCUUGGCUGAGGUGGGACAUCGAACGCUGAAUCGACAUCUCUGCUCCCGUGCUGGCGUCUGUGCAGACGCUAUGGUGCAACUCGCCUUUUUGAUGGCUCAUGAGAAAGUUCAUGGGGAGAGAGGGCUGAAUGGUGGCAGCACUGAAUCCUGCAGUACACGAACUUUCCGUGGUGGUUACACGGCAUUGCUUCGUCCGUUCACUACUGAAAUGUGCAAUUCUCUCCGUCUCAUGCGUUUUGGCGACACUCUUAGCUACAUCGACGAAGAUGAUCUUCUCGAUGCCUUUCAUCGCUGCUCCCGCGCCCAUCGGAAGCUCCUUCAAGAGGCCAGUGCAGCUCAAGAUUGGGAUAGUCACCUCUUCGUCCUGAAACAGUUGGCCGAGGCCGAAGACAAAGGGCUGCCAGAUUUCUUCGUGAACGAAGCUUACGUGCGCAUUAGCACAGUAGAUCUUCAUACUGCUCCAUUCACUUCAGACAUCGUCAACAACGCAAAGACUGGCUUGUGCAGUGGGGCCAUUGCCCCCACUUCGCCUCAUGGCUAUGGCAUCUCUUAUGGCAUCACAGAUGAGGGCUGCAGUGCUUGCUUCACCACGUGGAGAGAUUCGAACUUCUCCAAGGGAUCACAAUUUGCGGAGGCUUUUCGGCAAAGUCUUCACCAAAUCGCCGCUAUCCUUCAGCCUUGA